CAAGAAUGAUAAAAUGGCUGCUAUUGGUAUUCGUGAUCCUGACACAGCAGCAUCCCUUAAGAGAAAACCACAAGGCACUCAUCAAGCCAAGAGUGAUGUACAACCGAACACAAAGACUCAAAGCACAGGGACUAUGCAUAAUAUAAGUGAAAAUCAGCCAAAGCAUAUUGAUUAUGAGCAACCCCAGCGAAGACCUGUAACUCGUGACAUGGUGAAGUCACAAACCCACUUUGCUACACAUUCUGGACAAGAAAUCACACAAUCCAACUUUUUUGAAAUUCAGACCAAAUCUGCCUCGACAACUGUGAACAAAUCUAUGACCAAGCGUGCCACUAGCAUUGUUAGUUUUCAAAAUCCUGUAGUCAUUGGUAAUACAACUGUACCUCAAACAUCGCUAAGACAGUCUGCAAGAUCUAGAAAUUCAAUUUGCGGGUUAACUGUUCAAGCUGAGGACUAUUCAGCUACAUCCAAACAAUGCCAAAAUGUUUUGUCCAUCUCUGACGCUGAAGGAAGCAACAUGGAGAGGCUGGUUUGCAAGAAUGAUAAAAUGGCUACUAUGAGUAGUCAUGUUCUUAACAAAGCAGCGUCCUUUAAGAGAAAAACAGAAAGCACCCAUCAAGCCAAAAGUUAUGUGCAACCCAAUAAAAAGACUCAAAGCACACUGACUAUGUGCGAUAUCAAUGAAAAUCAGCCAAAGCAUAUUGUUGAGGAGCAAUCCCAGAGAAAACCUGUAACUCGUGACAUGGUGGAGUCACAGGCCCAGUUUGCAAUUCAUGGUGGACAAGAAAUCAUAAAAUCCAACUUUUUUGAAAUUCAGACAAAAUCUGCCUCUACAUCUGUGAACGAAGCUGUGACCAAGCCUGCCAGUAGCAAUGUUAGCUUUCAGAAUCCUGUAAUCAUUGGGAAAACAAUUGUAGCUCAAACAUCAUUGAGACGAUCUGCAGGAAUUAGUAAUUCAAUGAACGGGUUUGCUGACCCAACUGAGGACAAUUCAAGUACAUACAAUCAACAGAAUAUUAAAAAUUCCCAGAUGCAUACAUUAGCACUUAAACCCUCUGAUGCUGUGAACAAAACUAUAAUGACCACUGCUCUUAGGUCCAAUAAAAGCAUUGCAACUCCCACAGUAAAUCAAAUAGCCACUCCAAAUACAGACGUUGAUUCAAUUGACAAAUCUUGUACUGUAAAUAUGUUAGAAAGUGCAAGAAACAAAUCUAAUGCCACUGUUGCAACAGAUGGUAAAUUAGUCACUAUAGAAGUGCCGAAAGAACACAAUACGAUUGAACAACUUGCACAAUUGAAAAAAUACCCAAAAGUGCAAGUCCAUGAAGAAAUUCUGAGCAAAGUGGCCAGAUGCAAUCAAAACGUGGAAAUGGCUCAGGAACCUGAAUAUGAAAGCGCCGGAGAAAACACUAUUCAUGAAAACACCAUCAGUGAUCCAUCAACUCAAACACACUGGAAAAACAACUUGCCUGACCAUAAUUAUUCCUCAGAAAUCAAUAUAUCUGUUGAGCACAUUCCAAGUGCUGAAUCUAUGACUCCCACUGAACUCACUGUUAUGGAAGAUACAUUACAACAAGGUGAAAUGAAGCAAUUUGAUCACAAUAAGAACAAGACUCCAGAAGAUAACCUUGAUGCUUAUGUGGUACCUUCCGAUGUGUUAGAAAAUAGGUGUAAUCCCCCAAUGAUUUCAGCGUAUGAAUCCAGAGAGAAUCUACUUGAAUCCAUGACCUCAGAUCAUAUUUCUUUACAGCAACAAAUCAAUUGUUCCACAGUUUCAGGUUUUGACCAAAAUGAUGAUAUGAUCAUAGAAUAUGAAUCUUGUUAUAACGUGCCCUCCACCUUAAAGCCCACCGAAGCAGCAAUCUUAGAUGGAACUCCAGGAGAAUAUUCCAAAGAUACGAUGACUGCAAAUAAUCAGUCUAACAACAACACACCUACUUGUGAUAUGGUCCCGCGUUGCAAAGUUAACGUUGAAACUACAGUAUUGGAUCAAGUUUCGGAUCAUGAGCCUUCUUCGGAACCCCAAACUGAUAUAAAUGAUUCUAAUACCAAUUUGUCUGAGCUCCAUACCAAUAAUUUAAAUGAUGGCAAUAAUUUGUCCAGGGCAAUUAACAUGGAAAUAGUUGAAGAUGUAAAUUCGAAUGAACCUGGUGAAAAUAUUAAUGACAGAUUUGCAAACAACUUUAGAGAAUCAGCAGAAGAAACCGUUAAAAAUGCACCCGAACGUGUACUAACUGAAUCAUGUAGAAGCAAUGAGAAAAAUAAUACAUUGCAGAACCGAGAGGGAAUGAGCAAUGUACAGUCUGCGGAAAUAAAUUCAAAUGCAAGAAAAGAAAACGAGAGAGAAAAGAGUUCCAGGAAGCAACACACGACAGAAUCUUCAGGCUCACCAAUGCAGGAUAUUGUCGUACCAAAACCUUCCUUGCCAAUUCCCAAAUUAAGUGCUUUGAACAAGAAAAAUAGCAAAGGAGAAACUCAUCUACAUCUUGCUGUGAUAAAGAAAGACAUAUGUGUAGUAAGAUCUCUAAUCGUAGCUGGAACUAGUGUAAACGUACAAGACAAUGCAGGUUGGACAGCACUUCAUGAAGCUUGCAGCAGAGGUUUAACUGAUAUCAUACAAGAAUUACUGAAAGCAGGUGCUGAUGUCAACUGCCCAGCAUUGAAUGGGGUAUCACCUUUGCAAGAUGCUGUGAGCGGCUCUCAUUAUGAGGCCGUGAAAGUCCUGCUUCAGUAUGGAGCUGAUCCAAUGCAGAAGAAUAAAGAAGGGAAGAAUGCUUUUAACGAAAUUGUGAAUGAUAAGAUUAAAGAUCUACUUGAGACCCACAGUAAUCACAAUAAUAGUGAUGUGAUUAUUUGUGAUGAGCCACAACCAGAUACAGAUCAACAACAAGUGGAAGAUGUAGAGAAUGAGGAACAGGCAGAGGGCACCCCUGAAGAUUCCAGUGCAUCACCUAACCUUCCUUUAGGUCCUCCACCAGAUAACCGUGUGUCUUGUGAUGAUAAUCAAACAUCAACAGUUUUACAAAAUGAUAAAGGUUUAGAAAGUCCACAUUACAAUAUUUCACAGCAUGAAUCGAUUACAAUAACAUUGGAUGAAAUUGCGACAAAGCAAGAAAGGAUAGUCAAAUGCGAGCUCAAGGAGCCUGAAAGUGCAACUCAACUUGAACUGGAAUUGUUACAGAUGCGGGCUGUGUUAAAUGAAAUACUUACCAAACAUAAAGUUGAAAAGGAAGAUCUUGUUAAAAAAUUUAGGGUCUCCCCAGGAUCAUUCAGGCAAGGCACGCUGCAAAAACAAGUAACUGCUCUGGCCACUCGACAGAGAAGAUUUCUAAAUUUGUUACAGAAGCAGAAAACAUUAGAUCAUAAAUUGCGGGAAUACAAAUUAAAAGAGCGACAGUCGCGGCAAAACAAUAUACAAACCCAGGGUAAACGUUUGACUUGCCCUACUGAAAGCAGAAUUACACCCUCGAAAGCAGUGGAGUUUCUGGAUCAAAAUGAAGGACUCGGUGCUGGCUGUGCAACUGAAGAGUCUGAACAAAUAUCCAUUGCCUGUCCAGCUCGCGGAUCAGAAUGCUUACAACCGGACAACUUUCCCAAUCAGGGAGAGACUAAUAUUUCAGCCAAUCAGGAGGCAAAUACAACUACUGCUGUUGUGGAUCAUAGCACUGGACGAGAUAAAGAAAAUGUUGCUGCAACCAAUGUUGUUGACGCUACAAGUAGCGAUGGCAGUAUAAGUACAAUUAGUGCUUCAGAACCUGACCCAAGCCACAGAGAGUCAAAUUUGUUACAGUCACGUACUCUGGAAAUGUUACAAGUGGAAUCAUUAAACUCAAACCAAACUGAGACAAGCAGAGAUUCAACACCAUGCAGUAACUCAAGCCAGAAUAUACAUUUGAACAUAGCACAAUCGAUCAAUAACCCAGAAAAUAACGCUGGAAGAGUUUGUAACCCUACGCUGGUGAACACCGAAAAAUCUACAGUGAUGAGGGUAAACCUGAUUAGUUCCAACCAGCAAAGGUAUUAUUUGCUUCCAGCUGCCACACAACCUGCAACCUACAUGAUACCAAUUAAUUUAACCAAGCAGCCAAAUGUAUUAAAAUCCAACCUUAAGUUGAACGCACCACAGAGUAGGAUUCAACAGCAGAUUUUACCAUUUAACAAUGCAGGUAAUAGUGUGAAUUCCCAAAACAUUGUGAAGGUAAAUGUUUCUCAGCCAGACAACCGGGGCACAUUGCUGGUAAAUAACAGACAGGUUACCAGCAACAAUCAAGUUCACAGCCUGGCGAAUGCAUCUGGUCUUUCUGGGAGAGAGCUCAAUAUACAAUCUCUACCAGUGGAUAGAGGAACUGGGCAAAGAAAACUACUACACUUAAUAGAUCUCAUCAAACAUGGAUUGAUUCAGCCGGGAGACGAUGUCCUUGAUCUCAAACUACUGGGAGUUUGCUAUAAAGCUGAUCUUCUUGAUACUGGUAUAAUUAGAGAUAAAGACAGAAAACUAUAUCGUAAUCCAGUGCAUUGGAUUAAAGAACUUCUGGAAGAAGGAAUGCCAGUCAGCCGGAGCUUUGCAUGGAGCAAGGUUACGUACAAAGGAAAAGAACUCGACAAAUACAGGACCAUAAUUACAACAUCAUCCAAGACCCCAGAGACUCAGUCUAUUCCAAAACCCAUCCUAGCAAUAGAUGAGACAUCCUCAGUAACUGUGCAAAACAGCAUCUGUGCAGAUAACUUCUCACAGAUUCAGAUAAAGAAAUCCAACAGCAGCUUUAUGCAUCUUCGGGAGAUUCUCCUUAUAAAGAAUGAAGAAUUCCUGCCAUGUCACAUCAUGAAUCAGCACUGGAAGUUCUACGCAGAAUCUGAUGAGUGGAAUUUCUGAACUUGCUCUUUAAAGAAGAAACAGCCACAACAGUAAAUAAUUUAUGAGUAAAACACAAAGUGCUGGAGUAACUCAGUGGGUCAGGCGGCAUCACUGAGGGAAUGGAUAGGUGACAUUUUGGGUCAGGACCCUUCUUCAGACAUUUCCAAUAUCUACAGCCUGACCCGCUGAGUUACUCCAGCACUUUGUCUUUUGCUCAAGAUUCCAGUUUCUACAGUUCCUUGUGUCUCCAAUAAAUAAUUUAACAUUGUGUUAAGAUUGUGUUAUAUUAAUGACACCAAACUGCUAUUGUCAACAAAGAUGUUAUUUCCAAACGGCAUGUUUUGCAUUGUCAUUGUUCAUUUUAAAACCUCCUUGGUGACAACUAAUAUAUAUUAAUGUUUCAUCUUUUUUUCCUAUUCAAUUUGAUUGGAUAAAUAUCAGGAAUAUUGUAUCUUAAAAGGGUUGUGUGAGGUUUACCGAAGUAUUGUGAAAUGAGUGCAUAAGAAUGUAAUUAUUGUUCUUUUUUUAUGAAGAUAUGCUAUUUAUACGAUGCAUUUAGUCCCAUUAAGUCCACGUAAAAUGAAAAUUAAUGAACAUUGCCAAUGAAAGAAAAGCAUAUAUUAACCAAAGAGAUUGCAUCUCUGAAAAAAAAACAGCAGCAUUCUUUAGCUUUAAUUCAGAUGUCAUCAGAAUAUUUGGUUUAAUAUAUUUCAGGAUAAGCUUAAUAUUUAAAUUUGCUGCUUUAUAUUUCAGAUCAAAGAUUUGUCACUCAGACUUCCCAAUC